AUGAAGUUUUGGGCGCUCCUGGCACUUGCUGCCUCCGUUGCAGUCCAGGCCAUUCCCCAAGACUACGAGGCUCGACUGCACACACGCGCUGGUGAUGUCAAGAAACACAUCGGAUAUCGUGUGAUGUCAAAGGCCGAAGCCGAAGCCAUCAACAAAAACGGGGGCAAAGCUGUGCAGUCCAUAGGCAACGGGGGCCGCCAGAUAGGUCAGGGUCUUUACAUCUUGAAUUCGUUCCAAGCCUGGGGUGACAAUUCCGUUGAUGGUUCGGUUCAAUGGGAUUGCGUGGUGACGGUUGACGCCGACGAAUGGGACAAAUGGAAUAAGAUCUACCUCCCCGAGCUUUACACGUUUCCCGAGGACGUGAAGGAUGAAACAAAGGAUACAUGCAAGCCCCUUGAACUGUGGUACCCGAAGCCAGUUAGCAAGAAGAACAAAGCACGCUUCAUCGAUACCGAGAUUCCAGGCGCGACGGUCGAGAACACGGUGAUUUUCGCCAAGGUAAAAGGCUGGCUAGAAAGGACCCAAGGAUUGAUCCCGCCGGCCCUUAUCGACACUGGCAUGGUGUAUCUCGCGCAGUGCGCCGAGCGGGGGACCGAGGCCAACAAACAGAUUGGCAAAAUCGGUCCGGCGGAUUGGGGUUUCGUGACCUCCCUUCCAGGCUACGGAAAGGGGACAUAUAAACCGUAGAAACGCUAUUUAAGAGGAAUCAGUGAUUAGGGGGCGACAGGUGAGAAUAUGUGGGCAUCGAAGGGGAGGCUUCGGGAUAAAC